AUGGCCGAGGUACAAGUUCCUCAAGCAUUGUUAAACUCUGGCCAUAUGAUUCCAGCAAUAGGCUUUGGAACAGUAGCAUUUCCUCUGCCACCACCUGAACAACUAACAACCACAUUCGGGGAUGCGGUUGAGGCUGGCUACCGCCACUUUGACACAGCAGCCGUCUAUGGCACGGAAGAAUGCCUUGGUCAAGCUGUGGCCAGGGCACUAGAGCGUGGCCUCAUCAAGAACCGAGAUGAAGUGUUUGUUACUUCUAAAUUGUCUACCAAUGAUGGUCAUCACGAUCUUGUUUUGCCUGCCCUCAAGGAAACACUCAGGAAACUGGGGCUAGAAUAUGUCGAUCUUUAUCUUAUACACGCGCCAGUAAGGAUUAAGCAGAGUGCUGAACAUUUCCGAGUUACUGAAGAGGACAUGCUUCAUUUUGACAUAAAGGAAACUUGGAAGGCCAUGGAAGAAUGUUGUAAAUUAGGUUUAGCUAAGUCUAUUGGUGUCAGCAACUACAGUUGUGCAAAACUCUUGAAACUAUUAGAAUUUGCCACCAUCCCUCCUGCUGUUAAUCAGGUCGAAAUGAAUGUCGCGUGGCAGCAACAAAAAUUGCUCAAGUUUUGUAAAGAGAAGAACAUUCUUGUUUGUGCGUGGUCUCCGUUGGGAGCAAAUGGUGCUGUUUGGGGCAGCCAUCGAGUGAUGCAGAGCCCGAUUCUUAAAGAUAUUGCAGCAGCUAAAAACAAGAGUGUAGCGCAGGUAGCUUUGAGAUGGGUACAUGAGCAAGGAGCAAUUCCGAUCGUGAAGAGUUUCAAUAAGGAGAGGAUGAAAGAAAACCUUCAAAUAUUAGAUUGGAAGCUCACAGGCGAAGAAGUUAGUCGAAUUCAACAGAUUCCUCAGGCUAAAGCUUUUAGAGGCGAAGGCUAUGUUUUUCCCAAGGGACAGUACAAAUCUGUGGAAGAACUUUGGGACGGAGAAAUAUGA